CCCUCAAAAUCACACACUCCCACACGCGCUCCAUGAUUGGUCUUCACUUCCCAACCCCUAAAUUCUCAUUCUCUGUCACUAUAUACGCCAUACAUAACACACAACGCGUCAACGCCAAAUAAACUUUCAAAUAAAUACCAAAAACACCCAAAUUUUAAUUAAAUAACAAAAUACACUACAAAGUCAAAAAAACAGUCUCUUUUUGUACAUAGGUCUGCGGUCUGCCACUUUCUUCCUUUUUACACUGUGUAGAUUCCCCCUCCUUCGGCUCAUACGCCAUACGCCUUUUGUCAUUCCGUUUAUUCCGCUCAAAUUCCGCAAUUUCCGCAUUUAAAUUUAAGCUAGAGAGAGAGAGAGAGAAAGAGGGGUUUCUUUUAUUGACUGCAUAUAAAAAAGCGGAAGCUCGAAUUUUUUUCAAUGAUCUGAAUAAUUGGCAUUAUUGCUUUCGUGGUACUGAAUUUGACCCGGGUCAAAGGAAUUUUAGCAUAUUCUAAUCUGGGUUUUUUUUUUUGUUUUUAACAAGUAUGGUGGCGGCGGCGGCGGCGGCGCCGGUGCUGGGUUCGUGACGAGAUUUGGUGGCGCGCACUCAUGGGCUGCGUGUCGUCGAAGCAGACGGUGUCGGUGACGCCGGCCGCGUUGGAUCACUCCGGGGCGUUGAACGGCGGGUCGGGUCGGAGCCGGGUGGGGAGCUCCACCGCGGGCGGCGAUGGUGGUUUGGUGGCCGAGCUGGAAUUGAACUUGAAGAAGGUUAAGAAGAGGGGGGCGACUGAGUCCGGGAGCGAGGUGGGUGAGUCGGGGCGGACGAGUUCGAACGGGUGCGGGAGCGAGUCGGUGAGUUUCAGGCUGGGGAACUUGCACAAGUAUGUUGAAGGGGAGCAGGCGGCCGCGGGUUGGCCGUCGUGGCUGAGCGCGGUGGCCGGAGAAGCCAUCCACGGCUGGGUUCCACUCAAAGCAGACUCUUUCGAGAAACUUGAAAAGAUUGGUCAGGGUACGUACAGCACGGUAUUCAGAGCACGCGACUUCGAAUCCGGUCGCAUAGUUGCUCUGAAGAAGGUUCGAUUCGACAAUUUCGAGCCGGAAAGUGUUCGUUUUAUGGCUAGAGAGAUAUUAAUCCUUCGACGACUCGACCAUCCAAAUAUUAUAAAAUUGGAAGGACUAAUCACUUCUCGAUCUUCAUGCACAAUGUAUCUCGUGUUCGAGUACAUGGAGCAUGACGUUUCGGGACUAUUAUCUUCCCCGGACAUCACUUUCACCGAACCCCAGGUGAAAUGCUAUAUGAAGCAACUAUUAUCGGGGCUCGAACAUUGUCAUUCGAGAGGAGUGAUGCAUAGGGAUAUCAAAGGCGCGAAUCUUUUAGUCGAUAACGAUGGGGUUUUGAAGAUUGCCGAUUUCGGAUUAGCGAAUUUUUUUUGUAGUAAUUAUGGGCAGAGGCAACCUCUAACGAGCCGUGUCGUCACCUUAUGGUAUCGCCCGCCGGAACUUCUACUGGGGUCCACCAAUUAUGGGCCGUCGGUCGAUAUUUGGAGCGUCGGUUGCUUACUGGCUGAACUUCUCAUCGGUAAACCUAUUCUCCAAGGCAGGACCGAGGUUGAACAGUUGCACAAAAUAUUCAAGCUUUGUGGGUCGCCAGCCGACGAUUAUUGGAAGAAAACGAAGCUUCCUCACGCGACUUUGUUUAAACCACAAUAUCCAUAUAAGAGUUCUCUUUGGCAAACUUUUGAUGAUAUGCCGGAAGCUUGUGUGUCACUUUUAGAAACUCUUCUAUCUGUGGAGGCACACAAAAGGGGUACGGCAACUUCAGCCCUUUCAUCGGAGUAUUUCAAGACGAAGCCGUACGCUUGUGAUCCGUCGAGCUUGCCGAAGUAUCCACCUAGUAAGGAGAUUGACAGUAAACAUCACGAAGUGGCAAGCAGGAAAAGACCUGGUGGAAGAUCUCGUGCACCCGAACCAAGAAAGCAGACUAGAAAGCAGAAUGGGAUGAAUAAAUUGGCCCCACAAGAGGAAUUGCCCCUCGAAAGGCAUGGUGAACCGAAUAAAAUAUCAGUUAGUGCGACGAAGGAGACAUUUUCCCAUGUGAGAAAUGCUUCUUCCAAAGGGGGCGACGAAGAAGAUAUUCACUCGUCGGGACCUUUACAAGUUUCGGGAUCGAGCGGUUUCGCUUGGGCUAAAAAAAGAAUGAUGGACACAUCGUUGCGAUCAAGAAGUCGGUCUUCUUCUUCCGGUGGCGGUGCUCUGCAUUUGAGGAACAACUUGGACGCGAAGGGCGAACUCGUAAAUAACACCAAAGGCCAGGAAUAUUCCUACGAGAACAUCAAGCGUUCGAUGCUUGUUAAACAAUGGACCCAAUUGGAGCGCCCCGAUUCGUUCGAUGCUUCCGACGAAUACCACUCGCAGGAACUGUCGAUGGGACUUUAUCGUAAAGGGGAUUCUGCGUCUGCCAAGAGAAUCAACUUGGUAUAUGAUGAACAAGGGGAGAAGGUUGAAUUUUCGGGGCCUUUGCUUUCUCAAUCGAAAAGAAUCGAUGAACUCUUGGAAAAACACGAGCGUCAUAUUCGCCAGGUCGUCCGAAGAUCAUGGUUCCAGAGAGUAAAGACAAACGGGAAGUAACUGCAUUUUUCGGCACAAGUUGUGGGAGAGUCGACAACUGAAGGUAGCUCAAUAUAAUAAUUCUGCCGUUUUUGACAAAGGUGUUCGUUCCCCUGCUCAAAAAAAAAAACGAUUGGGCUCUUCUACUAAAACAAGCGCAACGAAACGUAAACUCUGUGACCACUGAAGCUGUAUGUAUGUAGAAUCCUCUGAAUUAAAUUCCUCGUUAGACGAACAAAGGUCUGAUCUUCUUGUUCAUUACCCUUUUUUUUUUCUUUUUUUUUUUUUGACGAAACUUGUGAAAUUCCAUUCGACUAAAUUUUUCCAUGGACGAUCAUAUUGUUUUGUUCUCGAUGUAUAGGAUUUUUUUAUGAUAGUUUUGUCGAAAAGACGUGUAAUUCUUUUUCCAGAUUCUCAUUUUGUCGAAAAGACGUUAAAUACUGUAUGUUAUUAUUAGAAAAUCACAUUCCUUCUGAAACAAUUUUCGAAAGGGUAAA